AUGGAUGCCCGCCUCCUUGCCCGUGGCCUCCGUGCCACGCCUACUCCAAGGCUGCUCAGCUCGCGCCAGCAACCUCAACGCUUCUUCCCCAGCACAAUCCGAUACAACUCCUCAGACUCCUCAUCACAAAAUCCCUCGAAUCAAAAACCCACAGAAGCAGUUGCCCCUGCCACGCCCUCCAACGCCGAGCAACCCGCUCCCAAAUCAAACACCACCGCGGGCUCCGACUUUGACGACAUCCUCAACCAACUCAACCUCGGAAGCCGAAACCAACCCAAAUCAGAGACCCCAGCCGGUGGCAGCCGCAGACGCGGUGCUCCCGACUCCGUGUCACGCACCGUGGCCGGCAGCGUCGGCUCCCAAGCCUGGAAAGACCAGUCCGCACAGCUGGCAAGCCGAAAGACGGAACUGAAGCUGGGUCCGACGCUGGGUCGCCAGGUGCACGUUGAGCCGGAGCGUGGCGUCGACCUCGCUGCUGCUAUUCGCAACCUGCAGAUUACGGUCAACCAGAACAAGAUCAAGGCUCAGUCAUUCGAGCAGAAGUUCCACGUGCGCAAGGGUAUGGUGCGCAAGCAGCAGCGGCGGACACGGUGGAGGAAGCUUUUCCGCUUCUCGUUCCAGGAGACUGUGAAGAAGAUCCAGCGGAUGCAGGCGCAGGGAUGGUGA